AUGUUCACAACAAACUUUGCGGAUGUUAAGCUCGACCCCGCAGCUCUAAAAGAUGCUGCUACAGGAAUCAUAAAAAAGUACAAGGCUCUUGCCGAAGGAGCCAAAGCUGAAUUGAAAAAGCAGUUCCCUACUGUCACGGGAGAUCUGACAGUACGUGCCAUCAUUCAAACAUAUUUUCAUUUUUUAAGUCAAAGAAUGCGAUUUUUCAGAGGAAUUCCUUAA